AGUACUCUCCAUUAAUUGCAUCUCAACCCAAUCUUGUAUAGUAUCCUUCAAAGAAGAUUUCCAUAUUUUACAUAUCUAAUGGACUCAGACAGGAGUGGUGUUCUGACAGAGGUUUCUGUUCAAGAGCCAAAGGCCAAUCCCAAAGGAAAAGCUGUUGCUGGGGCUGCUCCUCCUCCCCCUGUUGUAAUUUCCUCAAAAGUUACUACUACUUCAAACCCAAAAGGAGGAUGGAAAAGAGGCUUUGCCAUUUUUGACCUUGUUUUAAGGCUUUGUGGCAUUGCUGUUGCUUUAGCUGCCACUGCCAUAAUGGGAACUACUGAACAAACUCUUCCAUUCUUCACACAGUUCUUCCAGUUCCAAGCUCAAUAUAAUGAUCUUCCAACUUUCACGUUUUUUGUGAUUGCAAAUGCAAUAGCUAGCGGAUACCUUGUCCUCUCCUUGCCCUUUUCUAUAGUCUGCAUCGUUCGGCCACAUUUAAGAGGACUAAGGAUCCUCCUUAUCGUCCUCGAUACACUGAUGAUUGGCCUUGCCAUGGCUGCAGCUGCCUCGGCUGCUACCAUUGCGGACUUAGCUCAGAAUGGGAAUUCAAACGCUAAUUGGGCCCCUAUUUGCCAGCAGUUCGAUGACUUUUGCCAGAGUAUCACUGAGGCUGUUCAGAGUUCCUUUGCCGUAGCAGUCAUCUUCAUCUUGCUGGUUGUUUUCUCCUCUUUGGCUCUGAGUAGAAACUGAGAGAUGCUAGACCAUCAUGGAGCUAGCUAAGCCUGUGUUUUGCUGUGUACAUAAGAACUGUCAGAUGUUGUACGUACCUUCCAACAACUUGUGGUGGGUGCAGUACUGGGCUUGUGUUGCGUUGUGUUGUGUGCUGUCUAAUUUCUUGAAUUUCAAAGUAAGAAGAAUUUGCUCUUUCAGUUUGUUUUCCUUACAAGCUUGUUUUUUGAGUGUUUCUGUGAUGUAUAAUUAAUGUAUUGAUCUUCAUGUU